AUGAAGGAACCAGAUGAUCAGGAUACUGAUGGGGGGAAAUCAGAUAAAUCAAAGAGUGACGGGAGGUCAUCUUCUAAAUCUUCACCUAAGAGCUCUAAAGAUGCCACAGAUUUAACACUUACCGAAGGGGAAGACUCAUAUUUCAAUGGAGAAGACUCAGAUCUGGAAGGUUUGGAAGAAAGUACAAGUUUAAAUGAAGAUUAUCUUGAAAGUGGUAGAACAUCUCAGGAACCAGCUGCAGAAGAGGCAGAGGAGGAAGCUGUGACGAAAAUAUCUGAGACCUUCUUCUACGAUUACUCUGAGCUUGCUUCAAUGCCUUUUGUAACUCCGGACUCGAACAUACCACUGGAUUUUCUAACGCUUGUACACUGUUUUGGUUAUGACUGCAGAAAGCGAGCCAACCUGCAUCUUCUAGAUAGCAGUACCCUGACGUACAUCGCUGGGAACCAACUGGUCCUUCUGAAUUUUAAAACCAAGGAACAGAUCUACCUGCGAAGUAGCAGUGGUGAAGGAAUUGGUGCCAUUGGGGUUCAUCCACAUAAAACUUACUUCAUAGUAGCUGAAAAGGGGAGUUUUCCAAAGGUUAUCAUCUAUGAAUAUCCUUCUCUGAGGCCCUACAGAAUCCUUCAAGAUGGUACUGAGAAUGCAUAUGCUUAUGUGGACUUUAACUACAGUGGUACCUUGGUGGCCACCGUUGGUAGCCACCCUGAUUACAUGCUGACCAUCUGGAAUUGGAAAGAAGAGAAACCCAUACUGAGGAAAAAAGCUUUUUCUCAGGAAGUUUUUAAGGUUACUUUCAAUCCUGAAGAUGAUGAGCAACUCACUACGUCGGGAUCAGGCCAUAUCAAGUUCUGGGAAAUGGCUUUUACAUUCACUGGUCUCAAACUUCAGGGAUCACUAGGUCGAUUUGGCAAAACAACUGCUACUGAUAUAGAGGGUUAUAUGGAGCUCCCAGAUGGGAAGGUGCUUUCAGGGUCUGAAUGGGGCAAUCUGCUGCUUUGGGAAGGCAGUCUCAUCAAAGUGGAGCUCUGUCGAACUGGAAUGAAGUCUUGUCACCACGGUCCCAUUAACCAGAUCAUGCUGGAUGAGGGUGAAGUUAUCACUGCCGGGUCAGAUGGGUGUGUUAGGAUAUGGGAUUUUGAGACAAUAGACACUGCUGAUAUUGUAGAUGAAACUGGAUUGUUGGAGAUCGAGCCUAUUAAUGAACUUCAAGUAAAUAAGAAUGUCAAACUCUUCUCCAUGAUAAAAAUGAAUGAAGUUGGAAAUAACUUUUGGUUGGCUCAGGAUGCCAAUGGAGCCAUAUGGAAGCUUGACCUUAGUUUUUCAAAUAUUACCCAGGACCCAGAAUGCCUCUUCUCCUUCCAUACUGGAGCUAUUGAAGCCUUGGCUAUUUCUCCUGUUACUUAUCUCAUGGCCACAACUGCCUUAGACUGUUCUGUUCGAAUCUAUGAUUUUGCUUGCCAAACUUUUUUGGUUCAGAUGAAAUUCAAACAAGGAGGUACUGCCCUCACUUGGGUUCCUCAAAUAGUAAGCAACAGUGGCGCACAGAUUAUUGUAGGAUUUGAAGAUGGGGUUGUUCGGAUUCUUGAACUUUAUGAUCCGAAAGGACUCGCAGUUUUUACAGGGCGGAAGAAAAUUUUGGAUGCAGAUUUGAAUUUGAAACAGGUUUUCAAACCCCAUACUGCUGAAGUCACUGCUUUAGCAUAUGAACGUGAUGGAGAAAUUCUAGCCACAGGGAGUAAAGAUCAGACUGUCUUUUUCUUUGAAGUGGAAAGGGAAUAUAAGCCAAUUGGUUAUAUUAAUACUCCAGGGCCUGUUUGCCAGUUAACAUGGUCCACAAUGUCUCAUCUUGAAAGUACUUUACUGAUUAUUUGUGAGAAUGGCUAUAUUCUUGAAGCUCCAUAUCCAGCUAUUAAAGAAAAAGAAGAUCAUGAAGUAACCUCCUAUGAAAUCCAGGACAUGUGCAUAAAGUGUUUUCAUUUCUCAAGUAUCAAAUCUGAGAUUCUGAGAUUAAUAGAAAUUGAAAGGAGACAAAAGCAAAAGGAGCUGAAGGAAAAGGAAAAGAAAGCAAGGAGAAAGAAGCUACUAGAAGAGAUGGGAGAAGAUGGAGAAAAAGAAUUCUAUGAGGAGGAGGAGGAGGAGGAGGAAGGAGAGGAAGAAGAAGAAGAGGAGCCACUACCUGAAGUCUUCAUUCCACCAACCCCCUCUCCUAUCCUGUGUGGCUUUUACUCUGGGCCAGGGAAGUUCUGGGUUUCAUUA